GAUCACACUGGAAUUCCAUUAGAUGAAAUCCCGUACGUAGGAUUGAGAUUUGUUUCCUUGCAGCGGGCACAAGAGUUUUACACUAAUUAUGCAAAGAAAGUUGGCUUCGUGACCAGAAUUCGGAAUACCAACUUUGACAAGACUAGGAAGGAUUCAAAGAUACCCGUUAACCAAUCGUUACACUGUAGUCAUGAAGGUUAUCGGGAGUCUCGAGCGAAGGCAACAACUCGAGUAAAGAGAAUAACAACAGCCGGAUACAAAGCAAGGAUGUACGUCAUGCUUGAUAGGCAGAAGGAUAAUUGGAUGGUUUCCAAACUAGAACUGAAGCACACCCACCCGUGUUCUGCCAAGCAAGCUGUGCACUACACUGAGUACAUGGAACUGACCAUGCAUGCCAAGUGUGUAAUUCAGAACAAUGAUGAGGCUGGCAUAUGGCCCAACAAGACUUAUCUCGCACUGGCGAACGAGGUUGGUGGCUCGUCGAAUUUGGGUUACUCAGAAAAGGAUGUGAGGAACUUCAUUACGAGCAAUUUGCGCUGUGCUGAUGGAAACGCAGAUGUCAAGGAAAUGAUUAGCUAUUUCAUGCGAAUGAAAGAUAUUAACCCGAAUUUUUUUAUGUAGUUGAUGUAGACGAAGCUAACCAGUUUAAAAGUGCGCUCUGGGUAGAUGCAAGAUGCAGGGCUUCCUAUGAAUAUUAUGUUGAUUUGGUAUCAUUUGAUACAACGUACUGUAGAAACAAGUAUGUAUGUGUGUUUUUCCUGUAUUCAAAUGUUUAAUGAUUUUCGCAUUUAGCUUGCUUUUGGUAAUUUUGGUUGGAUUUAUUACAGGCACGGACUUCCAUUUGCAUCUUUUGUUGGCGUUAACCAUCAUGGCAAGUCCACUCUGCUCGGAUGUGCUUUGAUGGGAAAUGAGGAAAUUUGUUGCUUCGAGUGGGUCUUUAAGCAAUGGUUGAGGUGCAUGGGAUCUCCCCCACAGGCCAUCAUCACGGAUCAGUGCAAAUCCAUGUUUGGUGCUAUCAAGAAUGUCCUUCCAGAUACUCGCCACCGAUGGUGCAUAUGGCACAUAAUGAAAAAGAUACCGCAUAAGCUCGGAGGAUAUGCUCGGUAUAAAGAAAUAGAUGAUAGAAUGCAUGGCACUGUUUGGAAUGCCAGGUCUGUGGAAUCUUUCGAGAAGGAUUAGUCUGCAUUCAUUGUUGAGUUUAACUUAGAGCGAAAUAGAUGGCUAUCAGACCUUUAUGACGAACGUCGAAUGUGGGUUCCAAUCUAUUUUCAAGGUAAAUUUUGGGCAGGUAUGAGAAGUACUCAACGGAGUGAGAGCAUGCACGCCUUUUACGGUGGUUACUUGCAUUGCAAGAGUAGACUGGUUCAGUUCAUGCAUGAGUAUGAUAACGUGCUUGGGAACAAGGAGCAAAAGAAACUGGAAGAUGAUGCUGUAGACUCUAAAGGAGUUGUUCCUUGUUCAUCGAGUACUACAAUUGAAAGACAAUUUCAGCGUGAGUACACAACCUCUAAGUUUAGGGAAGUACAACAGGAAUUCAGGAAAAAAGGGGAUUGUUUAGUCCGUGGUGCGACUCACGAGGGUGAUUUAUUUCGUGUGAUCAUGAAAGAGCAAUACAUAUUAUAUAGGGAACCUAGGUCCUGGAACAAUAAUGUUGAGUUUGAUCCAUCGAUACACAAGAUUCGGUGUGAGUGCAACAUGUUUGCAUCGAGAGGUAUUCUUUGUUGUCACUGUCUUGCUGUUUACUUUUAUUACGGAGUAGACAGAGUACCAUCUUGCUAUGUUCUUCCUCGAUGGAGCAAGAAUGUACAGCGGAAACACACUUUCAUUAAGAGUAGGCAUGACGAGAAGCGAUCGGAUGAAAGCCACAACUUAUUUAGAAGACUGUCUACGCACUUCUUUAAUGUGGCACAGGAAUUCGUGACAUGCGAAGAAGAGGCGGCCAUGUUACAUUCGGGUCUUGAUGAGUUAAGGGCCAAGUUGGUUGAUUAUCGUGCGAACUUGGGCUCCAGAAGUGUUCCCAAUACAGAUAACAACAUGGUGACACAGUCUGACCCAGCUUGUGUUGCAUCUGACAUUCAAGGUCCCUCUAAGGUUGUAACAAAGGGUCGACCGAGACUAAAGAGGCUUGGAUCUGAACAGGAUACAUCCAUUAAGAGAUCUAUGCGAAAGUGUCUACCAGAAAAUAAUGGAGCAAUCAAUCCAAACAUAGUGGCGGUUCCUGCUCUGAGCGCGAAUGAAUCACAUGGAAAUGGCGGGUUCUUGUCUUUGUUACACUCAUUUCGACAUAGUUAG